AUGUUUUCCACCGAGGUACACGUCGUCUCCAAAAGCGACAACUCCAAACACGCAACAUGCGAACUCGAACAAUCUCUUGCACCACUUUCUGCAUCUUCCAUCCGCGUCCGCUCGCGCCUCAUCUCUCUCACGUCCAACAACCUCACUUACGCGCGUGGCGGAGGGCCGCCGCUACACUGGUGGGACACAUACCCGGUUCCCGAGUCCUGCCCAGCGCCAUACAGUAACUGCGAUGAUUGGGGCGUCGUGCCGGCUUGGGGCUACGCCGACGUGGUUGAGAGCAGAAUCGAUACCAUCGCAACCGGAUCUUUGCUAUGGGGCUUCUGGCCUGCGUCCGGCCAUGCCGUGCAGCUGCAGCUCGAGGCCAAGGAGCUACCUGGCCACUGGAAGGAAACGAGCGAGCAUCGCGGCAGGCUCAUGACGGUGUAUAAUCACUACCAGCAGACAAAGGAAUCGGACGCCAGAGUAAUGCAGCUCAACGCACUGUGCUUUCCCCUCUGGUCCGGCCCCAACCUGCUCAACCUGAGCACGUUUUCCGACCAGCGCAUUCAUCCCUUGGGCUUUGAUCUUCCCUGGUCGGCCGAGGACGCUGAUAUAUCUUCCGCCGCGGUGAUUAGCCUCUCGGCGUCUAGCAAGACUGGACGCAGCCUAUGCUGGGAACUCACUCGCAACCGCGACACUGCCGCCCACGGUCCCCUUGCCCUCCUGCAGCUGACAUCGGCGCCAGAAACUCUGCCAUCAUUUGGCACGCAGCUUCCCGUCAAAUCUGCCUCUUACACAGAAAUCGACGCAGCUGUUUCCUGGGUCGCGGAGCACACGCCGUCCCGUGUCGUCAUUGUCGAUUUCGGCGCCUCGGAUGCGACUUUACAGACGCUCCUGGCCGCUGUUGGCAGUACUUCCGCAUCCGCUACAGUCGUGGCUGUCGGUUACGAGAACAGGAUCUACUCGUCCGAGGAGCUUCAGGCUAGGAAGGAUACCGCCGUGGCCAAAGUGCAGCUCAAUACGAGCGGGCUGCGCGACCGCACCAUAGCCGCGAUUGGAGCGGAGCGGUACUAUCGCGAGUCGGAGGAGACGUGGGCGCGAUGCGUCAAGGAUGGCACGUUUGGCAGCAUUUCUGUCAGGAUGUUGAGAGGCGUCGUGGGACACCAGGGCAUCGAGGGUGCGUGGAGCGACCUGUGCAGCCGCAAUGUGCCGCCCAGCCAAGGGUUGGUGAUUGAUUUGUCGGAGGAGUAG